AUGCUCUGUUCGCAUGGCGAACUUGUCCUUCCUGAUUCCACAUCUUGCUCUCCAUGUCCUGGUGGAUAUUACAGCCCCGAAGGAAGUUCAAUUUGCACUCAGUGUUCCAGUGGCACGUUUUGUCCUGUGGGGUCCAGCAAUGAAACCGUCUGUGUUGCUGGUUACUACAGUCAUGCGGGCGCAGCUUCAUGCACAAUUUGCCCAGCAGGAUACUACUGCCCGAACGCCUCAACCACAUUUCAUUGUCCUACCGGAACUAGUAGCAAAGAAGGAUCAUCUAUUUGCUUGGAGGCGAACAGCUGCUACGAUAUAUUAAAUAAGACGGGGACUCAUCGAAGUGGAGUGUACAAUAUAACCACUUUGAGGUCACAAACAACUAUUAGUGUGUACUGUGACAUGGAUACUGAAGGAGGUGGAUGGACGGUUUUCCAACGAAGAUUUGAUGGAUCCGUGGACUUUUACCGGAAUUUCAGUGAAUAUGAAAAUGGAUUCGGUUCAGCUUCUGGAGAAUAUUGGUUAGGUCUACGGACUAUACAGGAGAUGCUUAGCAAGGCAAGCCAUGAGCUGCGCAUAGAUGUAGAAAGUUUUUCUGGUAGGAGCGGGUACGAUGUGUACAGUAACUUCAGACUGCAAGGACCUGGAUAUACGUUUUUCGUCGAUAACAGAACCAGAUCGUUAAAUAUGACCACUCAGUAUCUGCUGCUAACGGGAUGUAGUUACACACCAUACGGCCAGAAUUUUACAACAUUUGAUCGUGAUCAGGAUCAACGAAACGAUGGCAACUGUGCAGUAUUGGCUAAAGGCGCCUGGUGGUAUAAUUAUUGCGAAAGUGCAAAUCUGAACGGGGUCUAUGGACGUGUGGUGCAAGGCGAUGGAAUAGGAUAUUUUUCGUUCAAUCCUUAUGAUAAUCUACGUUUGACGAAGGUCAUGUUUCGACCUUCUGGUUGA